CUUUCCAGUGGAAACUUUCCACCGCUCGCGUCGUGAGAGAGACCGGGGCAAGGGAGCGGGAAGCCGAGAAGGAGCCGCAAGGGACCAUCGAUGGCCAUGGCGGCGGGCGGGCCCAACGCCGGCGCGAAGGUGGUCAGCCUGCGCCUGCAGUACUACUGCGUGUUCGCGGCGGUGGGCGUGGCGGUCAUCGUGCUCUCGCUCACCUUCCUGUCCCCGUCCGCCAUGGGCGCAGUCCGCCAGAACCUCGGCACCGUCGUGGCCGUGGCCACGAAUUCCAGCAGCGGCGACGGAGCGGCGCGGGUGGUAGGAGGCGGGGAGACCGUGGCGGCGGUGGCCGCGGCCAAGCCGGAGCCGGAGAAGCCGAAGAAGAAGGCGGAGCCGCCGGUGGUUCUGUUCAACUUCGGCGACUCGAACUCGGACACGGGCGGCGUGGCGGCGGCAGGGGGCAUCCACAUCAUGCCGCCGGAGGGGCGCACCUACUUCCGCCGCCCCACCGGCCGCCUCUCCGACGGCCGCGUCAUCAUCGACUUCAUCUGCGCGAGUCUGAAGACGCAUGAGCUGAACCCGUACCUGAAGGCAGUGGGCUCCGACUACAGCAACGGCGUCAACUUCGCCAUGGCCGGCUCCACGGUGUCCCACGGCGUUUCACCCUACUCCCUCAACGUCCAGGUCGACCAGUUCGUCUACUUCAAGCGCAGAUCCCUGGAGCUCAUCGAGCUAGGACUGAAGGGCCCGGUGAACAAGGAGGGCUUCGAGAACGCGCUGUACAUGAUGGACAUCGGCCACAACGACGUCGCCGGCGUGAUGCACACGCCGUCCGAUCAGUGGGACAAGAAGCUCAGGCAGAUCGUCGGCGAGAUCGGCGACGCGAUCCGGAUCCUGUAUGACAAUGGCGCGAGGAAGUUCUGGAUCCAUGGCACGGGCGCCCUCGGCUGCCUGCCGGCGCUGGUGGUGCAGGAGAAGGGCGGCGAGCACGACGCGCACGGCUGCCUCGCCAGCCACAACCGGGCGGCGCAGGCCUUCAACAAGAAGCUCAGCGACCUCUGCGACGAGGUGCGGCUGCGCCUCAAGGACGCCACCGUCGUCUACACCGACAUGUUCGCCAUCAAGUACGGCUUCGUCGCCAACCACACCAAAUACGGGAUCGAGUGGCCAUUGAUGGUGUGCUGCGGAAACGGCGGCCCGCCUUACAACUUCAUGCCGGGGAAGUUCGGCUGCGGCGAUCUCUGCGGGCCGGAGGAGAAGGUGUUGAGCUGGGACGGCGUGCACUUCACCGAUUUCGGCAGCGGGCUCGCCGCCAAGCAUGCUAUGAGUGGCGAGUACUCCAAGCCCAGAGUAAAGCUGGCGAGCUUGCUCAAUGGUGGCUCCAAGAAGCCAUCAUCGGUGUCUUGAUGCUCAUUGAUCAAAGAUUGAACCACGAACUUACUUUGGCCGGAUCUUACCUUAAAAAAGAAGGUUACUUGACAAAAAAGGAAAAAAAAAACUUCGGAUGGAUCAUGGAUGAGUGGAUAAUGGUGAAGAUCAAUCCAUACGAUGGCCACGAUGGAUGAUGUGAAUGUCGUAAAAGUUGCAGCUGAUUGUUGGCUCCUUGUACACAAUAGGCAAUAGCUCCCUCGGCUACAAGUAAAAAGUUGUUGAUUUUAUUUUUGCACUUUUUUGGAGUAUAACGAUUUUGCUUUGUUGGUGUAUAUGUGUAUAGACAAUGUAUGUGGCGGCUGCGAUUUCACAUCACAGAGCUCAUAAAAUUUGGUGAAUCAUAGAUUUAUUUGAUCUGUAAAAGAAGGUAAUACAAAAACUUCCGAACAUAGGUACUUUUUGAUA